AUGUGGCGGCGCAUCGGCGUGGAACCAGCAGAGCCUCUGGUGCGCCUGGGAGUCGAGCCGCGGGAGGAAGUAGAGUCAAGAACGGGAACGUGGGAGGAAGAAGAGGAGGAGGAAGGGGAACGAGGCCUCUUUGUCUGUUCACCCGCAACGGAUCACCCAGGUUCUUCCGCCGCUGGUCCCUCUGUUCCCGCUUCCGCGCCUUCUGCAUCCCCAUCAACCCUCACCUCUCCCCAUUCUACGCAUUCUCCUCCCCCGUUUGUGCCCGCGCGUCCCCCCAUUCCCCCCGGCACGCCUCUGCUGUCCGUGCCUCUGCGCGCCACGCUGUGGGUGCCGCUGCACGCCACGUCAACAGCAGGGGGAGGAGGAAGGGGUAGCGGCACUCCAGUGCAGCGACUGGCGAUUGCGCUGCUGCAGGCGGUUUGCGGGACAGGGGAGGGUGGGAUGGGCGCGGGGGAGGGGGAGGAAGGGAGAGGAGAAGUGGGGAUGGAGGCUGGAGGAGAAAAGCAGACGCAGGUGGAGGAGGAAGGGACGAGUUUCGAGACGUCUCAACAGAUGGCGGGCAGCAUAUGGUGGCAGUAUGCGGAGGAGUUGCUGCCGAGCGAGAUCGAGGCACGUGAUAUUCUGACUCUGGCCGAUUGGAGCGACGAGGAGUUAGAGCACCUGCAGUCGGGCCCAGCAGCAGCGGAGGUGCGAGCAUACGCGGCAGAGAUGGCAGCCAUGGAAGCAGCAGUUGCUGUAGCCGUGCCGAGGGCAGGGAGAGAGAGAGCCCGCUGGGCUCUGCGUGUUGUCACCUCACGGUCCUUCUCCAUCUCUAAUGCCGCUGACCCUGCCGGUGCUGCUGGUGCUGUGGAAUCUAGAGGAGCCACUACGGAGUCGCUGCUCAGGGAAGGGGGUGCUGGUGAUGGUGGAGGUGGCGGUGGAGGUGGAUCGGCGGAGCUCUUGCCGUCCGCGUUUCAGGUUGGUUCCUCCUUUGCCAUCCUCUGUCCUCUUGUGAGGCUGGUUGGAAACUCACCCGUGGUUCUGUACUCUGCUGCUGCUGUACUCGUGGUUCUGUACUCUGCUGCUGCUGUACUCGUGGUUCUGUACUCUGCUGCUGCUGUACUCGUGGUUCUGUACUCUGCUGCUGCUGUACUCGUGGUUCUGUACUCUGCUGCUGCUGUACUCGUGGUUCUGUACUCUGCUGCUGCUGUACUCGUGGUUCUGUACUCUGCUGCUGCUGUACUCGUGGUUCUGUACUCUGCUGCUGCUGUACUCGUGGUUCUGUACUCUGCUGCUGCUGUACUCGUGGUUCUGUACUCUGCUGCUGCUGUACUCGUGGUUCUGUACUCUGCUGCUGCUGUACUCGUGGUUCUGUACUCUGCUGCUGCUGUACUCGUGGUUCUGUACUCUGCUGCUGCUGUACUCGUGGUUCUGUACUCUGCUGCUGCUGUACUCGUGGUUCUGUACUCUGCUGCUGCUGUACUCGUGGUUCUGUACUCUGCUGCUGCUGUACUCGUGGUUCUGUACUCUGCUGCUGCUGUACUCGUGGUUCUGUACUCUGCUGCUGCUGUACUCGUGGUUCUGUACUCUGCUGCUGCUGUACUCGUGGUUCUGUACUCUGCUGCUGCUGUACUCGUGGUUCUGUACUCUGCUGCUGCUGUACUCGUGGUUCUGUACUCUGCUGCUGCUGUACUCGUGGUUCUGUACUCUGCUGCUGCUGUACUCGUGGUUCUGUACUCUGCUGCUGCUGUACUCGUGGUUCUGUACUCUGCUGCUGCUGUACUCGUGGUUCUGUACUCUGCUGCUGCUGUACUCGUGGUUCUGUACUCUGCUGCUGUCUCCGCCCUCCUUUUCCUCCCCCUGCAACACCUUCCCAUCCCAUCCUUCCGUCUCGUCCUUCGUACACUCCCCCCUCUCCCCACGUUCAGCGCUUCCUGCCCGGAGCUCUCCUCUCCCCUCAUCCCGGGUGCUCCUCUCAACCGCGGCACGUGCUGGUCCCUCUGGUUGACAUGGCCAACCGCGCCUGCAGCGCCUGCCAGUGCCUCCCACUCACACACAACUGUGCUGGUGCCGCUAGUGGACAUGGCCAACCACGCCUGCAGCACUGCCACGGAAUCACACGCUGCUGUGCAACCUUCUGCCACGUGGCGCAUCAGGAGAGGGCGGACGCAGGGCUCGUCAUCCGCCCCCGGCCCUCCACGCUUUGAGCUGCUCGCAUCUCGCCCACUGCGCCCCGGCGCCCAAGUGACCAUCUCCUACGGCCCCCUCACCUCCCUCGCCUUCCUUCUCUCCUUCGGCUUCCUCCCCCGCAGCAACCCCGCCAAUCGAAUCACCAUCUACUCGCAUUCGGAGCAAAUGAUGGAUGAUGUGGAGGAGAGGGUCACGCGCCUGCAGCACAAACGGCACCUGCUCUCACAGAUGACCCCAGAGGACGCUCCUCUCCUCGCCUACACUGCACAAGCGGCACCUGUGAGGCCCUCGUCUCUGCUCUCCCAGAUGACCCCAGAGGACGCUCCUCUCCUCGCCUACACCGCCCCUCGCUGCUCCUCGCCUGCACUCACCUCCUCUCGUUCUCGCUUGCUCACUCUUCAGUCCUUCUUCCACUCCCCAUCUAACCACCUGGUCCGCCUCCCUGUCCACUCAUUCGGGCGACCUAGCAGCGGCAUAGCAACAAGGCUGAUGGAGUGUCUGCUCGUGCUGCAUGCAUCAUCAGCAGAGGAGCUCGCUCAUCUCGACCACCAAUGGACCGCCUCUCGCUCUCUCGCUGCUGCCAACGUCUCCCCGCGUACACGCUCCAUCGCAGCCAAGCAGCUGGUGGAUCGCUGUAGGGAGCUUUUGAACGAUUACCCGACCACCCUGCAAGCCGAUGAGGCGCAGCUGGAGCAGCUCAAGGGAGCCGUGGUGAAUGAUGAGCAGAGAGAGGGGAGAGGAAGUGCAGGUAGUGAGGGGAGUGGGCAUGAGCAGGAGGGGAAAACGCGGCGGCGCAUGCAGGCAGCAGUGGAGUACCGAGUGGAGGAGAAACGGAUCCUUGCAGACGCGGUUGCUCGCUACGGCCGGAUGGUGCUGGUGUGA